AAACUGCUUUGAUUAAAUCUGGUUUACUGGAAUCUACUGGUUAAACUGGCUGGUUGUAAAAUAGAGCACCGGCCUCAAACAUAAAAUAUUAUUUCCCCUCACUUGAGCGUCACAAGACGCUUUAUUUUGAAAAACCGGCUGCAGCCUUCUGUUCCUGUUAGUAAUCUUGACAGGCAUAAAGAGGCGCUGUGUGAACAGAUUGGGCCUGCGUUCAUAGUUUGUUUUUAUGGUUUGAUACUUUGCUAAUGUCACGACAUAACCGUUCAUACUCCCAUUGUCUGUCAGAUUUUCUGAACAUGAAGCUGGUCCGUGGGCCAGAAGAAGUUGGAUAUCGCUGGUUUAAAGAGCCUGACAGGGGGCGGGGCUUUUCCCGCUCCAUCAGCUGUUUUACAUCCACACGUAGCAGUUGAUUGGUGGAGAAAGACCAUUCCAUCUUUCUAUUGGCUGCUCGCAGUGUCAGUCACUAUGUUGUGGAAGAAGCUUAAAAACAGAUUAAUAUCUACACGGCAGCCAUUUUUUUUGCAAUGCUGGGACGGUCAGGGAGAGCAGAAUCUAGCCUGAGACAACUGAAGCUCUAUAUCUACCCGUUCUAAGUCCGGAAUCAGAACUUCGGCAGGUUCGGUCCAUGUCGCGAUUCAGUUUGUGCUGGAUGAAGAAUUGUCUCUUCUGUUGUAGAUGACAUUGCUAAGCUAGUAGCUAACCCCGGCUCGGGUAGAUGAAGCAACCGAACACAAGUCCAUCACAACCGAACUAAGGUAAACAAGGACCGAAUGGUGGUUCGGUUCUCAUGGAAAACAGCUUCAGGUCUGGAGCGAAGCUUUCCAGCCAGAACCGAACCCGCUCCUGAAGAAAUCAAUCUCUGCCAGUCCGCCUCCUCUGGGACUCUGUUGUGAUCCAGAUACCCCUGAUCCGAACCGACUUCAGCUGCCCACAUGAUGACCGAACUCUGUGGGUCAACGUUUCGGACAUUUCUCCAGUUCCACAAACGGGUUCUGACUCUUCCCGCAGAGCUUUGGUUCGGUGUUUUUCGGUAAACGGGACGGACCUUAAUCAGCUGUCUGGAUCGAAACGUGGUUCCGUGUUCUGUUCAUCAGAGCCAGUUUAAAAGUCACAGCGUCACAAACACAACUCGAGCUUUACGAUUUGGACUCAGGAUGGGACAAGAAGCCAGACUGGUUCUGAGUAUUCUACUCAUCUCCUGCUGCUCAGGGUCGAUCCUGGGCCGCUCGGAGAGCCACCAGUGCGUUCAGUACACCCACAACCCGUCGUCGUCCGUCCCGAUGGACGCAGAGGGUCGGGCUGACGGCAGGACGGUGGUAACCUGCUCCGGGGAGGAGGACAAGCGGCAGCACUGCUUCUCCACCUGGAAGAACGCCUCCGGAGAGGUGAAGCUGAUCCAGCAGGGCUGCUGGCUGGACCACCCCAGCUGCUACAGGAGUGAGUGUGUGGAGAUGGGAGAAGCCCCUGAGGUCUUCUUCUGUUGCUGUGAUGUCAGUUUGUGUAACAUAAAGUUCUCUCACCAACCCAACGUCAGCGAGCCUUCAGCAACACCAACCAGUGCCCCGCCCAAGCAGCCAGUAGAGCCUCUGAUUUUCUCCAUGGUGCCCAGCCUGGCCGUCAGCGGCGUGGUGCUGCUCUCCUUCUGGAUGUACCGACGCCACAGACGGCCGUACCCUCCGGUCCUGCUGCCCACACAGAACGUCUUCCACAUUCUGAUGGAGGACCCCAGUCUGAUGCCUCCGUCCCCCGUCUUGGGUCACAGGCCUGUGCAGCUGCUGGAGGUCAAAGCUAGGGGGCGCUUUGGCUGUGUGUGGAAGGCUCAGCUGCUCAGUGAACAAGUAGCUGUCAAGGUCUUCCCCAUCCAGGAACGUCAGUCGUGGCAGACGGAGUACGAGAUCUACAGCCUGAGUGGGAUGAGGCACGAAAACCUGCUGCUGUUCAUCGGAGCAGAGAAGAGAGGCUGCAACGCCGAUCUGGAGCUGUGGCUCAUUACUGCCUACCAUGACAAGGGCUCGGUGUGUGACUACCUGAAAGCCAACGUCCUGUCCUGGUCUGAGCUCUGUCUCAUCGCUCAGACGAUGUCCCGAGGUCUGGCCUACCUGCAUAAGGACGUACCUGGACACAAACCUUCCAUUGCUCACAGGGACUUUAAAACGAAGAACAUCCUCCUGAAGUCUGACCUGACGGCCUGCAUCGCUGACUUUGGCCUCGCUCUCAGAUUCGAGGCUGGGAAAUUUUCGGCUGCGAACCACAGACACGUGGGGACCCGGCGCUACAUGGCCCCUGAGGUCCUGGAAGGGGCCAUUAACUUCCAGAGGGACGUCUUCCUGAGGAUAGACAUGUACGCUGUGGGCCUGGUGCUGUGGGAGCUCGCCUCACGCUGCAAAGCUGCUGACGGUCCGGUGGAUGAGUACAUGCUGCCGUUUGAGGAGGAGGUGGGCCAGCACCCGUCUUUGGAGGACAUGCAGGAGGUGGUGGUCUUCAAGAAGCUGAGGCCGACCUUGAGGGAGUGUUGGCAGAAACAUGCAGGUCUGGCUCUGCUCUGCGAGACCAUCGAGGAGCUCUGGGACCACGAGGCCGAGGCUCGGCUGUCGGCCGGCUGCGUGGAGGAACGCGUGACGCAGAUGCAGCGGCAGGCGAACGCCACCGCUCCUGAGGACCUCGUCACGGUCGUUACCAUGGUAACCAACAUGGACUAUUCUCCAAAAGAAUCCGGGCUCUGAUGGGGAACAUUGACUUCUACCUGCAGGUGGAAGGUAAUCUGAAACCCGUGACGUAACGUUGGCACUACAAAAUAAAAGACUUGAGGAUCAUGAUGAUGAUGGACAGCGAAGGAUUUCAGGGUGAAACUAAGACCUGGUUCUGGCUCCUGAUGGACAGUCGGACUUGAGGGUUUUGGACGGUGGAAUCAGAGGACGAUGGUUCAGUUUCCAGGUGAAUUGUUGACCUCGUUUUUAAUCUUCUGGAAAGCAGAGAAUCGCUGCUGAAGACUUUCUGUGAACACUUCCUUCCCACAGACGAGUUGUCUAAUCUACAGGAACCUGAGGAACCUUUUACGUUCCUGUUGAACAUCUGCUGCUCAACUGAAGAACUGACCUGUUUAGUGUUUCAUGACCAGCAUCUCAGGACAACUUCAGAUGUUUUAAGAACUAAAUUAUUUAUUGAUGAUCUGAAAAAAUAAUCAAUGUCUGGUCCGCAGAACGCAGCUGACUUUAUUUUAUAGUUUAAUACAAUCCACAAAGUCUGUGACAAAGCAAUCCAGAUGUUUCCAGUGUUUGUAAAAUAAAUAACAGUUUUCAAGA